GUCCCGGUCAAGUAUAUCCCCCCCUCACCCCGUUCACUGGUUGUAGCUGUUCGAUAGUCCACGGAUUGAGUAACGUGCAGUGGUCUCCUUUAGUGGUCCUUAUUGACGAGUGAUCUGCAAUCUGACAAUUAAUAUCCACUAGGAGAAAAAUAAUUCUGCCAAAAUAGCUGAAGACAGAAUAGUCAGACUGAACUAGUUGAUCUGUGCAAUAUGUUUGCUGGAAUAACCAGAGAAAAUCAGAAACUUGUACAGACGACAAGAUGGACAGCAACAGCUUCAUCCAGUUCGAUGUGCCGGAGUACAGUAGUACAGUCCUAAACCAGCUCAAUGAGCUUCGGUUGCAGGGGAAGUUGUGCGACAUCAUUGUUCACAUCCAGGGUCAGCCGUUCCGUGCACACAAGGCAGUCCUUGCCGCCAGCUCUCCAUAUUUCCGUGACCAUUCAGCGCUAAGUACCAUGAGUGGCCUGACGAUAUCGGUUAUCAAGAACCCGAACGUCUUUGAACAAUUACUGUCAUUUUGCUACACUGGAAGAAUGUCCGUACAGCUAAAGGAUGUUGUCAGCUUCCUUACUGCAGCCAGCUUUCUCCAAAUGCAAUGUGUUAUCGACAAGUGCACUCACAUACUAGAGAGCAUCCACUCAAAAAUUAGUGUUGUAGGAGUAGGCGAGGAAGAUGCUCAAAGUAACCAUAAUGGUGUCAAAGAUGAUAGUUACUUCGCCAACCCGGGGGAGAUAUCUCCUCCAUACAGUGGGCACGUGCGGCAGACUAUUGUAAGUAAUGACUCAAAGAUUGAAGGUGUGGGCAACAAAAGUCUAAGGAAUCGUUCUCAAGAAGAAGGGCAGUCAGACAGGGGCAGCAGCGGCAGCAUUUCUGAACAUGAAAUUCAGAUAGAAGGAGAACCUGAACAUGGGGACAUAGUGAGAGAGAAUCAAAUUACUGAAGUCAAAGUCAAAGCGGAAAAGUCUGAUCGGCCAAGCUGCUCCGAUAGCUCCUCACUCGGCGAUGAUGGCUACCACACUGAAAUGGUCGAUGGUGAACAAGUGGUGACGUUGAAUGUAGGUUCCUACGGGUCUGUAUUGCAACAUGCAUAUUCCUAUUCACAAGCUGCUUCCCAAAAUACCAACAUAUCCGAGCCGUACGGGACAAUGAGCAACUCUAGUCCUUCCAGAUCCAUGCUGAGCUGCUAUCGAGGUGGCAGGGUGCGCCCAAAGAGAGCAUCAGAUGUAACCAGAGAGGUUCAAAACGUCAUCCAAAGUCCCGAAAAUGAAACGGUUGUGAGCACGCCAGCUUACGAGAGCAGCCCUCGGGAGAGGUCCACUCGAGGUUACUGGCAUCCAUACAACGAGAGACUCAUUUGCAUCUACUGCGGCAAGACUUUCAACCAGAAGGGGAGUCUCGAUCGUCACAUGCGUCUUCACAUGGGCAUCACACCUUUUGUAUGCAAGUAUUGUGGCAAGAAAUACACACGCAAAGACCAACUGGAAUACCACAUACGGGGGCAUACGGAUGACAAGCCUUUCCGGUGUGAAGUUUGUGGCAAGUGCUUCCCCUUCCAAGGCACGCUUAAUCAGCAUUUACGGAAAAACCACCCAGGGGUGGCAGAGGUGAGGAACCGGAUUGAGUCGCCAGAGAGAACAGAGGCUUUCGUAGACCAAAGUGAUGUUUCAGUAUCUGAAGUGAACAUGGACUCGAAUAUUGAGAUUCAUGCAGUCACUACCACACCUGAAUAACUACAUGCCACCGCACACUGUACAAAGCACACAACGUUAAUGCCUAUUUUUACUACUUUACUGCUUAUUUGGUAAUCUCUUUAGUACAGCGGACCCUACUCUUAACCCAUUUGUCCCUUUGGAAUGCUUCUUGAUAAUACGGAGACUUUAUAAGAUACUUGGUUGAUACACUAAAUGUAUGUGUUUUACAUUGGGACUUUUUGUUAUUUUAUUCUUUUAUUUGCUUUUUUAAGGAGACAGGGUACAUUUGCACUCCUGAAGAAGCAUAAAGUUAGAAGCAAAAAGUGAGAUUUUUUUUUUCCUCUUCCUUUUGUGAGUUAUAUUUUAUUGUAAUGAAAAGUGUUUUAUUAAGAAAUUCUAUAUCUGUAAGGGGUUUUUCGAAUAGCUGCAUUACAAGGUUGUAUGGAGAAUCGGGGGCCUUGUCCCAUAGGAACAAUGCAAUUUACUGAAAUCUACUGUAACAAUUUUUUUUUUAAUUUCAGUAAAUUUGUACACCUCCCAAUAUAAAGUCUACUUUAUAGUGUACAUGAUAGUUCACCUUGGCCAUAAAUUACCUUACUCUAGUCUGAUGUAAAAGCGCACAUGUCCACAGUGGGUUUACAGCUUAGUGAUGGUACAAUAACAUCAUUUUUUGUUUGUUUCUAGCACUUCUUUGGUUCAUUUGAGUUUUUAGGGUUUUUUUUUUUGUGUUUUUUUUUGGCUUUUUCUCAAAUUAUACAUUUUCUUUCUGCUUUUUACAAUUAUUUACCGGAGCCAGCUAGUCAUUGUGCCUAGAUUUUGUUUAUUUUUUACUUUUUAAUUUUGUUCCAUGGUUUCUAUGGUAGUUCUGUUUGGCUACUGGAAAAGAAAUCUGACUCCUUACGUCUGUAGCAAAGUGUCUUCUUCGUAUGAUGUAGCUGAGGGUAUUUUUCUCUUUUUAUGCCCACCUUACAACCAUACCACCCAAUUCUUAGAGGCACUGAAUCUGUGAAACGGGCCCCAUAGAAUGCCAUUUUGGGUGUCUCUCAUUUUAGUGAUAUUUAAAUCUUAUGUUACGUUAAAAGAACAUACGACUUUUCCACUUUUCACACUGAAUUUUGCAGUUAAUAAGUUUCUUUUAUUUCUAUAUAAAAAAAAUGUUUAUUGUAUGUUUCCUAUUGAUACUCAAUACAAUAUAGAUGCCAAACAUCUAAUUGAAUGGAAAUAGCUGAAGCAGUUUUUUUCCCAUUGCCUACAUUCAGUGGGAAUGUUUUUGGUGCUUUUUGUUUUAUUAUAUAUUAUGUUUGUGCUUUUUCUUCCUAGUUCCACUUCACGUUGAUCUAGUUCUUGCCAACAUACCUUUAAAAAAAAAAAAAUUUAAAAAACACUAAGGACUUUCUGUGCACGAACAAUACCUCUUCCAUUUUCUUCCCUUUAAUCGAGUUUGUGGAUAUUGGAGAUUUCCUUUCCCGAUAGUAGUGUUCAAGUUGGUUUGUCUGUCUUUUAUGCCCACUAAGUGAAUGCAAAGAAGAAAGAAAAAAAAAAAUCUAAAUAUAGAUGGGUGCUAGCAUUUGUUUAUUAAGCUCCAAAAAAAAAAAAACUACCAGCCCCCUACUUAAAGGGGUACUCCGUUGCUAGUUUGUUCUAAAUGCUGGAGCCGGCGCCCGGAGCUCGUGACGUCAUAGCCCCGCCCCCUCAUGAUGUCACGCCCGCCCCAUCAAUGCAAGUCUAUGGGAGGCCGAAAGCCAUCAUGCCCACUCCCAUAGACUUGCAUUGAGGGGGCGUGACGUCAGGAGGGGGUGGGGCUAUGACGUCACGAGCUCCGGGCUCCAGCGUUCGGAACAGUUUGUUCCACACUCUGAGCAGCGGAGUACCCCUUUUAAUAAGCUCCUCUCCAUUUAGACAUGAAACCAGAUUGUAACACUAGAAUUUGUCGCGUGUGCGUCAAUUGAGAUGAAAAUUGUUAAAAAAUUGUUCCAUAUCUGAGCCAAAAGUUAAAGCUCUAUUCAGGAGUGUUUUUCCUUAGUUUUAAAUAUUCUAGAGCCUUUUUUGAAUUUUUAGUAAACAGGCUGCGAUCCCAUGGCCGCCUCCACCAACUACACUGUACAAAAUCGGUUUCUUUUUUGGUCAUCGGCGCGCAGAACUUAAGACACUAGUUAUUGGUUUUCGUUUUGUACUUAAUUUUUUCUUAAUUUUACCCAAUCCUUUCCCGUAGAACACUCUAGCCAUGGCAAACCUGUAAAUGUGCAGGUACUCCUCAUAAAUACGUCUCGGUGGUGCUGUUAGAUAUGUUUAUUUUUUAUAAAUGUGAGAACUGCUGAAAUCAAAAUUUCCUUUACAUCCAGGUAAACCUCAUAUAACCAUUCACAUGUUACUGUAUAAACUUUUAUUUUUCUCGCACAUGUUUGCUAAAUUGCGUUCUACAGGUGCCAUAAAACUUUUCUCCUUUUUCACGCCCUCCCCUUUCCGCUUUCCUCGGUGAUAUGCAGGGAGAUGGCCUGGGGUGGGUUAAACUGGAUUAAAGUAUAGAACUGCGGUUAGUGAAUACCACCAGAGUGUCUGGCAUAAUAUAUAUAU